CCGGGCGAUCCGCAUCUCCACUUCUUGAUACUUUCAGGUUCUGGAUGACGAUGCUGAAGAUGGAAGUCCUUGCUUGUUAUGAAGCUGUGGAGCUAUGUUGGGGGAGAUCAUUGUAAGAGUGACUCCCGAGAGGUGUUCCGAGUGAGGUAUCACAUCUAGGUACGGUGUCAUGGAUAGAGGGAGAUAUGCUGAGAGGUACUACCGACGUAUUAACCGAUUGAUGUUGCACAAGGGGUAGUGAGAUUGUGUUGGUAGCCAUGAUGUCACUGCGUUGGUAUUGUAUAAGUACACUCAACUCACCUGCGUCUCUCUUUACGAUAACUUGAAACCAUACUUACCUGCACUCUACACGAAAUACUACGAAGUCAUCAUGGACACCUACAAAGACACCUUUCAGCUCCCCCGCAUCAAGGGCCAACCCCUGCAUGUCCUCAUCGUCGGCGCUGGCAUCGCAGGCCUUUCCGCCGCCCUGGCGAUCCAUAAAACCGGCCACAAAGUAACCAUCCUCGAGCGGGUGCGGGAAAUCGCCGAGGUCGGGGCGGGCAUCCAGAUGGCGCCGAAUGCAGCGCGGAUUCUCGGUCGCUUGGGUCUACUGGAGAAGGUCAUGGAGAAGGCGAAUGUGUUGGCGAUGAAUUCUCUCCGACGGUAUAAGAAUGAUGAGGAGCUGGGGAAGGCGGAGUUGAUGCCUUCUGUCGGAGAAAAGUAUCACGCCCCCCUUGCAGUCAUCCAUCGUGGCGACUUGCAAAGUAUCCUGCUUGAGGCGGUACGGUCGGAAAAUAUCCCCAUUCGAACUGACUCGCGAGUUGUCUGUGCGGCGCCUGAUUUCUCUGCGCGCGUGCAGCUUCAUACCGGGGAAUGGGUAUCCGGGGAUGUUGUUAUCGGGGCGGAUGGGAUCAAAUCCGAUCUGCGACACCAGAUGGCGGCGCAACAUGGUGUUCAGGAUAUUUGUCAGCCGACCGGGGAUGCGGCGUACCGGAUCCAGAUCCCUGAGGAUAAAAUGAAAGGGGAUCCGCGGGCGCGGGAGUUACUGAAAAAGAAUGUCGGGAUGCGGUGGAUGGGACCGGGAGGCCAUAUUAUGGCGUAUCCGAUGAAGAAUAAUACCGUGUAUAAUAUGGUGUUGUUGCAUCCGCAGAAAGAAGGCGCGGAGACGGAGGAAAGCUGGACGAAUAAGGGAGAUAAACGGGAGAUGGAGGAAUUUUAUUCCGAGUGGAAUGAACUCGUUCGCGAUUUAUUGAGUUAUGUUCCGGAUGGGGAGGUGAUGGAGUGGACGCUGAACUCGCAUUUCCCGCUGCCGACGUGGAUUGAGAAUCGCGUGGUUCUGAUGGGCGAUGCGUGCCAUCCUAUGCUGCCGUAUGUGGCGCAGGGAGCGGCGCAGGCGAUCGAAGAUGCUGGAGUGCUCGGGUGUGUGUUGGCCUUGACGGACAAUAUCGAUAGCGCAUUGGCGGUUUAUGAGCGGGUACGAAAGGAUCGCGCCGAAAAGAUUCAGAAGAGUGCGGCAGUUACACGGAAAGCGCUGCAUUUGCCGGAUGGCGAGGAACAGCGCAAGCGCGACGAGGCUAUUCGCGGCCCUGGGAAGAAUCCGGAUCUUUGGGCGGAUAAAUCCUGGCAGGAUUUCAUGUGGGGUACGGAUGUCAUGAAGGAGACCGUCGACAACUUCGACGAUUUGGUUGCUCGCAGUCACGGAUACCAUCCACAUGCGUUGAAUGCGGUGGCUUAUUAGGAUGCUUCUUUUUGUGAUAAAUCCGACCGAGGGACCUGUCAAUAAUAACAAUGGUGGAUAUCGUGUGAGAUUCGGCGACUCCGUGGAAUUGUACAUCCAGCGACCACAAUGAUACACCUAGUAAAGAAGCAAACGAGCUUGUCGGCAUCUAGACCCGGCGAUCAGCCAGCCAACCAACCCGGGGUUCAGCAUCACACCCACAGCAUCCAUCCUAAGCAACCUUGGUGCCCCGAAGGUCCAACCAUCCCCAUCCAGCUGAUUGCGCCUCCUGCGGUGAUGCCGGCCAGAGUGACACGUCAAGGCAGCCACUAAGCACAACACUGCUACACGGCGAGAAAUUGAGAAUCGCAUACCUUAUGAUGUUGAAUGGAUUCGAAUUCCGAAGAAAUCCCGUCUGGUGGAGGGAAAAGGUGACUAAGUAAGGGGUAGACUCAGCUUAAUCUACUCCAAUCUAUU